CCUGCUGCGGGAGGAAACAAGGAGGGGUCAGAAAGAGAGAAAAGGGACCAUAGAGAGAGAGAGAGAGAGAGAGAGAGAGAAGCUAACAGUUUCAAAACUCGACGGAAUUAGAGUUUCAAACUUCAAUAAUUAGUUCAUCUGUCGUUUAGAGAUUGGGUGGUUAUAGCCGUGUUAUAAGACUGGUCGCCUUUAUCGUUUUUUGUCUUGUUGUCAUUGUUUGCGUUCUUGUUUUUCCUGGAUUCAUUGCGUGACAGUAUGUCUCGGUCUGACUUCCCCCUGGGUUACGAUGAUUCUCAUUCCCCCCUCUAUGGCCCCCAAGGUGGUAACUACCCCCCUCCCCCUGCCUAUGGCUUCCCUGCCAAUGGAGGUCCCCCAUCAGGCCAGCCCUCGUCCUUCUACCCCUCUGGUCCCCAUGGACCUCCAUACCCCGGCCAGCCUGCCGGGUACCCUGCUGGGCCCUACCCCGGCCAGCCUCACUCCGGGGGUCCAGGGUACAACAACCAGCCUAUGAUGCCACCCAUACCCCCUAUAAUCCCCCCUAUGAUGCCUAGCAAUGCACUGAGCGGCGAUGGAGAGGGGUUUGCGGCAGGCAGCUUUGACAGUCUGAAAGUGCGACACUCCUUCAUACGAAAGGUGUAUAUGAUCCUGGCAUCUCAGCUACUCGUCACUGUCGCAAUUGUGUCCGUCUUCACAUUUGUUGACUCUGUUAAGAAGUUUGUGAUCGCAAACCCAGCUGUCUACUGGGCAUCAUUCGCUGUGUAUUUCGUCACUCACAUUGUGCUGGUCUGCUGUAAAGGACCCAGGAGGAAAUUCCCAUGGAAUGUCAUCCUGCUGGCCAUCUUUACACUGGCCAUGUCCUACAUGACGGGCACCAUAUCCAGUUACUAUGAUACUAAGGCAGUGUUUCUGGCUCUGGGCAUCACCGUCAUUGUGUGUAUCAUCACCACUGUCUUCUGCUUCCAGACCAAGGUGGACCUCACCUCAUGCCCAGGCCUAUUCUGUGUCCUGGGGAUCGUUGUCAUGGUGGCAGGCAUCAUCACAGCCAUUGUGCUCUCCUUCAAAUAUAUUCCUUGGCUUCACAUGGUGUACGCGGCCGUUGGCGCAAUAGUCUACACACUGUUUCUGGCGUACCACACACAGCUGUUGAUCGGCAAGGGGAAGAACUCUAUCAGUCCAGAGGAGUAUGUGUUCGCAGCGCUCUCCAUCUACAUCGACAUCGUCCAGAUCUUCCUGUGCCUGCUGCAGCUUAUUGGUGCAGCCAACAGAUGAAUCCCCGGAAACAACGUUCCUUCCCAUCCCCUCCCCCCCGAGACAGGCAGACUCGGCUCACCAGAGUGCAACUGCACUCACUAUAGAAUUAGAAUGAGUAGAAUGGAAAUACUGGUGUACCUACCACAGAACGUUGUUUUGAAUUGGAACGUUCUUUCUACUAAUUCUAAUUCUAUGGAUUUGACUUCGCUAACGCACAUAUUUAGCCAUUUUCAUGAAGUCUACUCUUCUGCUAAAAUGCAUCUGCUUGCAAAGACAUAUGUAGUAAUAUACUAGUAUAGACACCAGUGGUGUAAAAUAACUAAGUAAAAAUACUUUGAAGUACUACCUAAGUAGGUUUUGGGGUAUCUGUACUUUACUAUUUCUAUUUUUGACCAAAUUCACUUUUACUCCACUACUCUCCUAAUGAAAAUACUCCCGUACAUUUUCCCUUACACAUAAGAGUACUUGUUACAUUUGAAUGUUUAGCAGGACAGGAAAAUGUUACAAUUCACACACUUAUAAAGAGAACACGUGGUCAUCCCUACUGCCUCUGAUAUGGCGGACUCACUAAACACAAAUGCUUUGUGCAUUUUACACUUUUAAUCAAGUAGUAUUUUACUGGGUGACUUUCACUUGAGUCAUUUGCUAUUAAGGUACAGGAUCUUGACUUUUACCAAAGUAUGACAACUGGGUACGUUUUCCACCACGGAUAGACACACUGAAUACAAAGCUGUAACUUUAAUCUAACUAUCUUUAUAUGAAGAUUUUUUUAAUUUGAUAUUUUUUGUUUAUAAAGUAAAAAUGUGUGUUAUGAGCUGGGAGCAGUAAGAUACUUUCUGAACUUGUCCAGUAGGUUUGUGCCUGCUGAAGGCAACCCUGAGGUGUAUUCACUAGGAGCCAAACGGAGGCAAACAAAAGCAACAGGAACCAAAUGGGGAGGGAUAUUCCUGAAAUGGUUCACUAGAAACUUGUUUUUGUUGCAAAACAUUUUCCAAUGCGAAAUGUUAAACUACGGUUUGCACUAAUAAAUACACCCCCCAAUAUCAGUAUUCCUCUGAGACACAGAGAGGAAGGAUUUUUGAUUUUUUUUACUCUGUAUGUCUGAUGCUUUUCUAUGAUUGUUACAUUUCUAUUUGGGUAGUCAUGAGCGAAAGCUCAGUGCUGAUUGGCUUGAUUUUUAUGCACUUUUUGGUAACGAGUGUCACCUUAGGCUGCGUUUAGACAGGCAGCCCAAUAUUCUUUUCAGUAAUUGUUGACCAAUCAGAUCAGCUCUGAAAAAGAUCUGAUUAGUGGAAAAAAGAUCAGAAUUGGCUGCCUGUCUAAACGCAGCCAUAGUGAUGCCAUCUUUAAGAUAUGCUUUUAUGUAAAUGCAAUGUCUGUUUCUGAUGUACUUGUUAACACAUAUAGGAGUAUACCUAAUAUAGUAUUGUGAAAUUCUGUUAGCUGUAUUGUUAUGUACUGGUUUAAACAUACCAGGCUCAAAUGUGUGUUUAGAACCCUCAGAACAGAACAUUCCAAUUGAUCACUUGGCAAACUGCUGCCAACUCCAAAUAUUAGAGUAGAACACUGAGAACCAUAGCCGCAGGAAGCUGUUUGGGGGUCGUGGAGCAGUGCUUUUUCCACCGGCAGGUGGGUAGUGGCGCUACAGACCUGCUAUAAUGGCUAAUACAGGACUAGUAAAUGCACAGUGGACUACUUUGGUGAGAAUUUCUAUUGUUACAUUCGGAUUCCUCAGGGGGUGCAGCACCCCUACUUUCCGUGGCUAUAGAGUACCACAGUAUGAGUCAUAAUACCCAUGAAACCUAGCGGUCAAACAAGGAAAUGGUUCCAAUCAUUUUUCCCACAGGGGAUUUUAGAAACACUUAAAUACUUACUACGGGCUGUGUUUCUUGUAGGCUUACCCUGGCAUGACAUUUUGUGUAAAUCUCAUUAGGACAAGGUGACUUUUGUCUUUAUUUAUUUAUUCGCCUGUAUUUACCCCCCCCCCCCCCCCCCCCCAAAUGAAAUGACAAUUAGCUGCUAUUGUGGCUAUCAUAAAGAACUACAAAUGCCAUGAUGAUCUGGACGAAACUGCCAAAUUCGAGGCAAAGGUAAGAAUCUCUGGAUUAACUAUCUAAUGUUAGCUAGAUGUUGUAAUGAAUAAAUUGGAUACAUUUCUUUAAAUUGACAAUUCUGUAAACUUUUUUCAAUUGACACAAUACCUGUUAGCCAAGGUGUCAGCUAGAGAUGACGUGCAGGAACUUACAGCGAUUUGUAGUUUUGCAUGGUCUGCUUUGAUGCUAAUUAGAAUUUUAGAAUCUGAGAGUAAAUAAAGAUGAAUAUAUUGAUAAAAGUCACCUUGUCUGAGAGAGAUUUACACGGUUAUCAAAACAUCACACCAUGGUAAGCCUAUACGAAACAACCCGUAUGGAUUCUAAAAUCCCCUAUGGGAAAAAUGAAUGGUGGAAAAACGAUUGGAACCAUCGCCAGUGACUAUGCUGAGAACAGUCCAAAAUGUACACAUCAAAGCAUUAACAUCUGAUGUUCUUUUCUACAUGAUGAGAAGAAAGGAAGCCACUUUAUAUUGAGAUUAAAUGAUUGAUUGUUGAGCUAAAUUUAAAGGGAACAUGCCUCAAAGGGUGUACUUACUUAGCUGACACCCUUGAGUUGAGUAAUGAGGGAAGUGCAGGUAGACUGCCCCUAAGUGCUGAUCUAAGGUCAAUUUUAUAGUGGUUGAUGUUGGAACUGGGUGUGGUGAGCUAAUUCUAUAACUGAGUUUAGGGGCAUCUCUAGACUCAUUUUGAGAUGUAUGUCUCUGAAACCUUUGGCGCCAAUUUGUUUCCACUGAGAUUACUAAUUAGAAUGUGGUUGCCAUGGAAUAUUUGGUGCUAGCUUGGAGGACAGUUGCCAAAGUCUAUAGGAGCAUGCUAAUGAGAAAAAUAUGGACACAUCUAUAUUGAUUUUCAUAUCAAAUAAAAUAUUUUAUUGCCAUA